CUGUCAGCUCUAGCUCAAAGCCUGUUCGAAACUCUUGGCUGUAGCACAGCAUUUAGUUCGUAAGAAUCAAAUUUUUCGUUUUAUGGUUAUUUAUCUCUCGUAUGCCCUGGGAUAUGCCGGUGCAGCUGCUUUUUGAUGACUUCAGCCGAUGGCAGUACAGACAGAACUCCGAUCUGAUGCCUGUUAACAAAAUGGAGCAGAAGAUCUAUUUGCCAUUUGAUAUGUUCUACAAGGACUUUGUCACAUGGCUGGCCAACGAGAAACUCGCCUUUCUGGCCCAUCAAUUCUGGGAGAAACUGUCGCCGGCCCAAAUGCACAGCUAUGACAUGAAGGCCAAGGCAAUGCAUGAAGCUGCCAAAGCAAAGAAAACAAAGCCAGCCAAAUUCGUUAAGAAGCCCCCCAUCAAGGCGCCCACAAAAAAGCGCGGCCUGCAAGGCAAGAGCUCAAAGCGCUCCAGCCAAGCUGAACCCAAAAAGGUUCUAAAAAAGAGUAUUACGACGGCGAAAUUAAAGAAAACUCGCUGAGGAAAGUUUUGCUAUCUGUCCCUGUGGC